ACUUUAACAGGCACCACCAUUACCAAACGACUGGGGCCAACGAAGGGUGAAGAGAAGUUGCUUUAUCAGGCGCUUCCCCACCGCACCAUCGACUAGAGCCACAGUUGCGAGAUCUGGUAUGGAUAAGAGCAAGGUUUUUCAGAGGCAUCAAUGGCUUCUAUCACGUACAAAGGAAUCACUUUACCCGUAGUGGAUUACUACUCAGUGGAAACACUCAGCUAUGUGGAAAAUGAAUUCCAACUUUUGGAUGAUGAUGUAGUUACUGUCACUUACCCCAAGUCAGGUACCCAUUGGAUGCUGGAGAUCUUGAAUUUAAUUUGGCGUGAUGGGGACCCCUCAUGGGUUCAGAACUUACCAGUUUGGGAAAGGACACCCUGGCUUGAGAAUACUGAUGGACUGAAGCUAGCGUUGAAAUAUCCUCCACCCAGGCUUCUGACUACUCACCUGCCAUUCCACAUUUUCCCCAAGUCCUUCCUCAGCUCCAAGGCCAAGGUCAUCUACACUCUACGCAACCCCAAAGAUGUGCUGAUCUCAUUAUACCAUUUCUGCAAGGGCUUAAAAAUGAUGGAGGACCCUGGAAUUGUGGAAGACUUCAUGGAGAGUUUCCUGCAUGGAAAAUUGCCUUAUGGUUCCUGGUUUGACCAUGUGAAAGGCUGGAUGGUGAUGAAGGACAGACCCAAUAUCUUCUUCAUAACUUAUGAAGAACUACAGCAGGACUUGCGACACAGUGUGGAGAGGAUCUGCCAAUUCCUUGGCAAGGAGCUGAAUAGCCAGCAAAUCAGCUCUGUAGUUGAAAAUGCCUCUUUCCAUAAGAUGAAGGACAACAAAAUGUCCAACUUUUCCUUAUUCCCGGACACUUAUUUUGACCAUACCAAAGGAAAAAUGAUGAGGAAAGGAAUCUCUGGGGAUUGGAAGAACCACCUGACCGUGGCACAGAGUGAACGCUUUGACCAGGUUUAUCAGGAGAAUAUGCGGGGUGUGAGCAUGACUUUCCCGUGGGACUGAAGAGUGCCAGAUUGUUCCUUCUGUUGUUCUUCAUCCUCACAUUCUCAUGCCUCUUGUGAGUCAAGUUCCUUCACAUUGCUUCUUCUAAAUAAACACAAAUCUGAGCAGA